AUGUCUCAUUCUGGUGCUGCAACUUACAAAAAAAAUUCAGGUAUGAUUAAUAUCGAUGAAGACCAGUCUCCUGCGGAAUUUAUAUGGAGAUCAACAUCUGGGAAUAAAGUUAUCAAGAUUGUAUUGGAUACAAUUGAUAAAUUACAAGCCACUCCAGCAUCCAGUGAUAAAAUGAUGUUACGACUGAUAUCAAAGGUUCCUUCAACUCCCCCUCCUCCACAAACAAACCCUCUUGGAUUAGAUCAUGUCAAUAAAAAGCUGAAACUAGAUCCAGCAGUUUCUAAAAUAACUAGAGAAAAUUCAGAUGCAUCUACUAUGAGUACUCCGACCACCACAGUUUCUCCUACCCCACUUGAUACACCAUCAGCUCCAGUAAAACCAGUUACAUAUAUGUUUACAUUCAAUAAUAGAACAGUUAUGGAUAAUAUAAAGAUUACAUUACAGCAUAUCAUUUCCCGUUAUAAGGAUGAUGAAAUCUGGGAAGAAAAAAAGAGGAAAGAGUCUUCUCAAUUGCCACUAGAUUCUUCCUUAUCUAAUUCAAAUCUAUCAGAUGCCACCAAUGGGAUUACUUCUACAGCUAAUGGACAUUCCAAUCUUUCGGUCCCACUAAUCAAUACCUCUGCUUUAGAUGAUUCCUUAUCAAAGUCAAAAUUAUUAAUAAAUUUUAAAUUACAGCAAUCAUUGUUAAAGGAGAAUAAGCCACUUAUGCGAAUCUUUCAAGACACUGUCAUUCAUUCAGGAUUGCCUCCAGAAGAAUUUUGGUCUACUCGUAUUUCACAAUUACGUGCUUUUGCAUUAUCUACAUCUCAGAAGAUCGGUCCAUAUAACGUUUUAUCUACCAUUAAGCCAGUGGCAUCAUCUGAUAAUAAAGUUAAUGUUAAUAUUUCAAGGGAAAAGAUCUCCAGUAUUUUUUCAAACUAUCCAAUUGUUAAAAAAGCUUACACAGAUAACGUGCCAAAGAAUUUUAAGGAGCCUGAAUUUUGGGCUAGAUUUUUCUCAUCAAAAUUAUUUAGAAAAUUAAGAGGUGAAAAAAUUAUGCAAAAUGAUAGAGGUGAUGUUAUUAUUGAUAGAUACUUAAAAUUAGAUCAAGAAUAUGAUAGGAAAGAUGAUGAAAUGUUGUUACAUCCUGUGAAGAAGAGUAUUGAUUUAGAUGGUAAUCUUGAAGAUGACCCUGUGCGUCGUGGGAAUAAACAAGAUUUUACAAUGCAGCCAGGAGUUGAUAUCAAUGGUAAUAGUGAUGGUACAAUCGAUAUUUUAAAGGGUAUGAAUAGAUUAAGUGAAAAGAUGAUUCUUUCUUUAGAAAAUGAAUAUUCAAGAUCUAAUCUGCAAAAUAAUAACAAUGAUGAUAUGGAUAAAAUUGAAGUGGAAGAAAUUCAAAUAAAUGAUUUGAAGGAUAAUUCUGCAACUGAUUAUGCAAUGAUUCAUUUAAAUAUGAACCAACAUGUAAGCACUAAGGAUGAUGAAGAUAGUGUUUCCUCCUUAAAUGGUGGAUCAAAGACGAAGAUUACCAAGGAAGAAAUUAAAGAGAAGAUCACACAAGUUACCGAAAGUUUAGUAAAGGAAAUGGAUCUAACUCAGGUCGAAGAAAAGGGUAGCAAUAUUAAUAGUGAAAUUAAUAAGCGUGUAAUCGGUUUUGUUAAGAUAAAUGCAAAACAAGCAAAGCAUAACAAUUUGGAUUCAACAUUGGGUACCUUCAUUGGGAAUGAUAAAAAUGCAAAGGAUGCACGCACAGAUAUUCCAACAGAUUUAUUAGAAAGUUGUCGUAUGUUGCAUACCACUUGCUGUGAAUUUUUGAAACAUUUUUAUAUACAUUUCCAAAGCGGAGAACCAAAACAGGCAAACUUGGUCAAAAAAUUGUAUAUUCAUUUAAAAGAUUGUAGCGAAAAGAUUCACGAGUUAUUGUCUGACGUUAAACAAGGUGAUGGUGAGCAAGUUGCUAUGAUAUGUAAUUCUUACUUAAGAUCUACCUUGGCUUCCCUUCAUUUAGCUAUUGAAAAAUAUGAUAACGUUACUAAGAAUUUCCAGGAAAAAUUAAAACGAAUGAAUACACCAAUUCAAGUUUAA